UGUGGAUUCAACAAUUGUGGGCUGGAGUAGAGGGCAUUUGUUUCCCUUGACACUACUGUCACAUCACGCGUACGACUUGAGCCUUCGAGUCUCGCAAAGGAGAGGCAAGCAAGGCUGUGAUGCGCAUGACGCUUACGAGGAUAUGUGGGGUGAAUGCGAGCACACGAGAACAGUCAAGUAGUCGCCUGAGUGUCAUCAAGAGGUCCACCUUGAUUCGAGGUCGCCGCGGAGAGAGCGCAAUCGGGCCUUCGGACUAGGACCCAUGCAGCAAGCUCAUCAACGACAAGCCAGUGCUGUAAACGUAGCAAAAUAUGGAUGGGCUGGACCAGCCAUGGCAACACGGCAGGCGCAUCUCGGACAAGAAGGCCGAGGACCUUGCACAGUCUGGCCUUUCAAGGGGCAUGUUGGCCGAGCAUGACAAAGAGGACGCUUGGCCAACGUCCGAUCAAUCGCGUGAAGCUGCGACUGCCACAAGCUCCGCUGCCCGCCUGCCAUGCGCUAGCGACUCUGCUGACGGGUUUCCAGAAGGCGGUGCAUCCGCCUGGUUGGUCGUUUUGGCCUCCUUCAUUCUCUACUUUGGUGAGCCAGCCAGCCACCGACGUCUCGAAUUGCCCCCCAAUUUCCCCUUGCUCGUCUGCCUGUUCGGAUGCUCACAAGACGUUGAUCCUUCCGCGUCAGUCGGCUUCGGCUUUCAGAACGCCUUUGGCGUUUUUCAAACCUAUUACACCAACGAACGACCUGGCGGACCUCUGAGCACACCUUCAAGGAUUUCCUGGGUCGGCUCCUUUCAAGUCUUUGCCACAUUCGCUUCCGGCACAGUCACUGGCAUUCUGAUUGAUCGACUGGACGCGCGUCUGAUCGUCGCAUCGGGUUGCCUCGUCUUCGUCACCUCCUGCAUGCUGAUAUCCAUCAGUCUCCCUCACUACUGGGCCGUCUUCCUCAGCCAAGGCUUGCUGCAGGGCAUUGGUAUAGGGAUCCUCUUUGCUCCAGCCUUGGCAUGCACUUCUCACUUCUUCGCUCGAAGAAGGGGCGUAGCACUGGGCAUUGUGGCCUCGGGCAGCUCCUUGGGAGGCGUCGUAUGGCCCAUCGUGCUGGAUCAGCUCAUUCACCAUGGACCUGGCUUUGAGUGGGCUCUGAGGAUAUCUGGCUUCAUCGCACUUGCCCUUCUCUUGGCUGUGCUUCCGCUCGUCAAGAAGAGGGUACCGCCAGUGCAAGGCAAGUUCUUCGCACUCGGCGCUUUCAAGCACGUUGGCUUCACAAUGCUACUUGCAGGCCAAUUUCUAGUCUACCUUGGACUUUUCUGGCCAUACUACUACCUUCCUUCUCUAGCUGCUUCUCAAGGUGUAGCAUCUACAGCUAUCUUCUACCUCGCAAGCGCGUCCAACGGCGCGUCCAUCCUUGGCCGGCUGACCGCCGGAUUGCUGGGAGACAAGCUAGGUCGAUACAACAUCCUCAUCAUCUCGCUCUCCUUGAGCGGUCUGAUCAUUUUCAGCACCAUUGCAGCCUUACCUCUUCGAGGUCAAGAGGCCAAAAGGACCAUCUUUGCGAUUGCUACUGUGUACGGAUUUUUCAGCGGGGCUUUCUUUGCUCUACAGGCUGCAGCAGUCACCAGUCUAGCACCUAGCGCCAACAGAGUUGGAGAGUGGAUAGCAAUGCUUUAUCUGGCCGUCUCUCUGCCUGCAUUGUUUGGUCCGCCGAUCGGAGCGCAAUUGUUUCAAACAAGAGGGUACACUGCUGCACUGGCCUUUGCUGGCUGCAUGGUCUCAGCUGGCGCCAUCGUUGUCACCUUCUCGCGACUAGCCCUCGAUAGAAGACUCUUGAAGCGCCUGUAGAUGGAACGUGCCCCCGCAUGCAAUGCAUAACGACCCAAAUGUAUGAACAGUGGCAGCACCGCCAUCACGGAUGGUGUGCACGGGAUGCUUCAAUUUCAUUUCAAUAGAGUCGCAAGGAA